ACACACACACACACACACACACACACACACACACACACACACACCGAGAUCUUCCGCAUCGAAGCUGAACUUUAUGACACCACGCCAAGGAUUGCAGUGUGGGUCCGCGUGUGGACCAAAAAAACAGCACUGAGAGAACCGAAAGAGAAAGUAGAACCGACUCAGUCAUGUCAUAGCCUACAGUUUCAAAUUACACAAGUUUCCGAACCGAGCUUAAAGCAGCGCCUCACACUUCCUGAUAGUCGUGAAAACAUCAAGGCUUAUGAGCGACUGCAUUUGACAAGCAGACAGAACAGACAGUAUGGACACAGCAAGAAGCUCAUCAUCGCAUAAAACGGAUAAGAAAAGGUCCAUUAAUAGAGUGAGGAGGAGUCCCACACGAUUCUCUCGGCCAUUUUCUCGGGGGAGAUACCAGUGUGCUCGUUUCUAUUACAGGCCCAGAGAGGACUACUUUUCCCGGCGGCAAAGUUUUAGCUUCAGGAUCCACAGGUUUCAGAGAGCCUCCAGUCUUCGUCUUCCCUCUAGAUCUCGGAGUCCGAAUGCGAUGCUGAGACACAAAAAUGUGCAUUCAUCAAGUCAGCACUUGGAAAAGAGGUCAGAGAAGAUUGUGACUCCAAUGCCGGAAAAAAAAGCAUUCAGCACACCAGAACGCUCCCGGGCAUCUUCAGUGGCUUCUGAGAGGACUACUCUAUCAUUUACAGUCAAUCAAGAAGAGCAGAACAGUAGUGGCAGGGAGACUCUGUCCUCUGUAACACGUGCAGCUGCCAGAAGUCGAGCCAUCCAGAAAAAGAGAGAGGAGAUUGAGGAGGUGUAUCGGCAGGACUGCGACACAUUUGGCGUGGUGGUAAAAAUGCUUGUGGCGAAAGAUCCUUCACUGGAGAGACCAAUCCAGUCUUCUCUGAGGGAGAACCUGCGUGAGAUUGGCCUGCGCUGUGUAGAAGCCAUGGAGAAGUUUAUCAAUGAGUAUGACUCCAGAGAGCUUGGCACACCAUCGCAGUCCCAGCUUCAUUGACACACAGACACACAGACACACAGACACACACACAGACACAGACACACAGACACACACACAGACACAGACACACACACACACACACACACACACACACACACACACACACACACACACACACACACACACACACACACACAUACACACACAGUCCUCAGGUUUGUGUAUCUCCUGCUGUAAAUUGAGUGAAGGUCAGAGACUUUAAAUACAACACAGGAUGAUGAGAUGUUGACUGUUAAAAGGUUUGAAACAGUGCCCUUGGAAUAGUGCAUUCUACAACCACAUAAACAUGAAGGAAGAAACUCAAUAUCCACACAUGUGGCUGUUUAAGGAGCUAAACAGGUGCUAAAUAUGCAGCCGCAGUUUAUCUAUUCUUCCCAUAGCUGGUGUUAGAAUGGCAAUAUUUUAGGGAGAAAUCUGUACUGUAUAGAAGAGAGCUGCUUGUUAAAUAAAUCACAAUAAGCCUCAUUCCUUAAGCUGGUGUAUAAGAUAAAAAGGCACUGACUUGACCACUAUUCUGUAAUAUUAUCUUUAAACGAUGUCCAAUAAAUCUAAAAAUAUGUGUCAUGAGGCAGUCAGAAGAAAUGCCUCACUAAACAAUUUCUGCUGCAUUUCAUAGGCCAGUUCCGUGGUUUUAUACCUUCAGGCAUUUAUGCUAAAUGAAAGACAACUGCAAAAUAAAGAUAUGUGUUAUGGACAGAUUUAUUUUCCUCAGUUGUUCAGAAUCUAUUAACAAUGCAUUUUACAUAACAGAAUACACUUGAUCAUAUUUUAUUUAAUGUUUGAGUGAAAAUAGGUAAUUUUCUAAAAUUAAUGAAUUACUUCCUAAUUAUUUGAUACUCGGUGAUAUGAAGUUCUUCUCUAAAAGAAGUCUUCCUGUUAAAGGUAGAUGCUUUGUUGCCUCUCUAUCAUUUUAUCUUACCAGAAAUGGUAUUCGUUUUACAACAGGAUGAAGACUUUGGUCAUCUGACUAUACUCACUUGCUUGUAAUGAUCGUAACCUAUUUAUAACGUCACAGAUUUAUUCUAAACCACAAGUGACAACCGCAUGCACUUAUUGAACAUUAUCGGAGAAUACUUGAAAUGUGUGCAUAAUAGGAACAAGAAGUUUACUGUAAAAAAGUAGAUGAUAUCUCUACAUUUUUAUUUAAUGCUUUUACCUAUCAAUGUUCUCAUUUCUGUGUAAAUAAAUGUUAUAAAGCUUG